AUGGCUUCAUUUCCAGCAGGUCCUGAUUUGAGGAUUGUGAUGAUUGGGAAAACUGGUGUGGGGAAGAGUGCUGUUGGAAACACCAUCUUGGGAGUUAAGCAUUUCAGAUCUUGUCCCUUUUCAAAGUCAGUGACUAAGGUCUGUGAAAAAGGAGUGACACAGUGGGGCAACAGAGUAGUUAGUGUGGUAGACACACCAGGGAUCGUGGACACUGAAAUAUCAGAAGAGUUCAUCAAACGUGAAAUUGUGAGGUGUGUUGAAGUCUCCUGUCCAGGUCCUCAUGUGUUCCUGCUGGUUCUCCAAAUUGGUCGAUUCACCAAAGAGGAGAAAAACUCAGUGGAAGCUCUGCAGGAGCUGUUUGGUCCACAAGCUAAUCAGUACAUGAUUGUGCUGUUCACACGUGGUGGUGAUCUUGGUGACAUGACCAUACAGGAGUAUGUACGUGAAGCUGAGCCAGGGCUUCGCCGCAUCAUUCAAAGGUGUGGAAAUAGGUUUCACGUCUUUGAAAACACAGCGACAGAUAAAAAGCAGGUGGUGGAGCUGAUCAAAAAGAUUGAUUACAUGGUGGCAGGAAAUGGGGGCACACACUACACAGAUGCCAUGUACAAAGAGGUGGAGACUAGACGAGUGUCGGACGAAAACGAAUAUAUGUUUAUGCAAGCACUGAUGCAGCGUAUCCUAGUCUAUAUGUACAUUCUUUCAAGAGAGUAA